UAGGAAGAUGGCGGCGGCCCCGCUGUACUGUGUCUGCCGGCAGCCCUACGAUGUGAGCCGGUUCAUGAUCGAGUGCGACAUCUGUAAAGACUGGUUUCACGGCAGCUGUGUGCAGGUAGAAGAGCAUCAUGCAGUGGAUAUCGAUGUUUACCACUGUCCCAACUGUGAUGUCGUACAAGGACCCUCCCUGAUGAAAAAGCGCAACAACUGGCACAGGCACGACUACACAGAGCCAGAUGAUGGAUCGAAGCCGGUGCAGGCCGGCACCCCAGUAUUUAUCAAGCAGCUCCAGAGCAGGACCUUCGCAUGUGGCGAGGAGAUUCUGAGGCGGAUGAAGGGCGAGCAGGUGACACCCAGGUACCUAGAGAGACACGGCUUCAACUACCCCAUUGGUGUCACAGAGAUGGAGGGCCUGGGACUCAAACUGCCAGCUCCCACCUUCUCCGUCAAAGAUGUGGAGCAGUAUGUGGGUGGCGACAAAGUCAUCGAUGUGAUAGACGUGGCACGGCAGGCGGACAGCAAGAUGAAGCUCAGCGAGUUUAUCACGUAUUUCACCAAGCCACAUCGACCGAAGGUCCUCAACCUCAUCAGCCUGGAGUUCUCUGACACUAAGAUGUCAGAGUUGGUGGAGGUUCCCGAUGUGGCUCAGAAGAUGUCCUGGGUAGAGAACUACUGGCCGGACGACUCCUUCUUCCCUAAGCCCUUCGUCCAGAAGUACUGCCUUAUGGGAGUCAAGGACAGCUACACAGAUUUCCACAUAGACUUCGGGGGCACCUCGGUCUGGUACCAUGUUCUCUGGGGUGAAAAGAUCUUCUACUUGAUCAAGCCCACUCCCGCCAACCUUGCACUAUAUGAGGCAUGGAGCUCCUCGCCCAAUCAGAGUGAAGUGUUCUUUGGGGACAAAGUGGAGAAGUGUUACAAGUGUGUUGUGCCCCAAGGAACCACCCUGCUCAUCCCUACAGGCUGGAUCCAUGCUGUUCUCACCUCUCAGGAUUGCAUGGCUUUUGGAGGGAACUUCCUUCACAACCUCAAUAUUGGCAUGCAGCUCAGGUGUUAUGAAAUGGAGCGUCGUCUGAAAACCCCCGACCUCUUUAAGUUUCCGUACUUCGAGGCUAUCUGUUGGUAUGUGGCAAAGAACCUCUUGGAAAUGCUUAAAGAGCUUCGAGAGGACAACUGUCCACCACCAACCUACCUAGUGGAGGGCGUCAAGGCUUUAAUCAGUGCACUGAGGACCUGGUUGAAACGAGAGGUGACUGAGCCCACCAGUGAGGUACCAGAUCAUAUCAGGCCCAACCAUCUCAUUAAAGAGCUGACUAAGGAAAUCCGCUACCUGGAGGAGGAACCAGUCAGCGGUAGCAAGCCAGUGAAAUCUCAGGGAAGCGGGUGCGGAGGAGCAUCUGGAUCAAAUGGCUGCCCGGCCACUCGCUCCACACUGGAGAGGCUGUGCCAGGCCCGGCGGGCCAGAAGGGCUGCCAGGCGGCUGAGGGAGCAGCAGCGGCAGGCUCCUAAAGUGCCCUCCAACCUGGACAUCUUGGAGCGUCACACCAGGGAGGUGCUGAGGAGGCUGGAGGUGGGACCGCUGGAGGAGGAUGCGGCGUUCUGUGCCAAGGUUCACGGGAAGCUCAACAAAGUGUCGACUGCAUCAGCUGCUGCUGCAGAGUCUUUAGAUGACAACCACCUGCGGCUAAUGCUGGUCAACGGCAGAAUUAUCAGAGAUAUGAGGCGGCCAGGCAGCAGCCCGGUAAAGACGGAGGGUGAACGGUCACCUGUUGGCCAAGGCCCACCAAAGAGCUGUGUGGAUAUAAAGUUGGAGAGGACGCAGGACGGUCAAGAGCUGCACAGCACAGUCGACAAACCCACGCUCCUCAGUGUGUUCCUGUGUUCCCCAGGGGGUCUGGAGAGGGUGAAGACUGAACUCAGGGAAGAAGUCUCAGGACACUCCAGUGUGUCGGAGUCAGACAGUGACUCUCCCACAGAGCAUAAAGCGUCGUCCUCAACGUCCUCUUCUGACGAGGAUUCGGAGAGUUCCCAGGAGGAGGAGGAGGAGGAGGAGGAGGAGGAGGAUGAGGAGGAGAGGGGCUCGUCGCAGCAGAAAGGCUCAGGGCACACCAUAGAGCUGGACCAGUCUGGCCAGGAACUCAGGCACAAACACAAACCACUCAAACGAGAACGUCCUACCUCACCCAGCACAGAAGAGGCCAUUCAGGGGAUGCUGUCUAUGGCUGGUCUGCUGUGCCCCGCCAAGCCGGAGAAGGUAGCCUCAUCCCAGGAGCCCUGGUGGUCCAGUGCCAGCCAGUGCUCGCCGCUGGAGCAGAGGGAGGCGGCCCAGCACCGACUGCAGGGGGACAAGAGCCCGAUGGACAGCCAGGGCAACAGCAGCGAAGCCUGGGACAAUCAGGGGCUCCCCAGCCCCCUUGGCCGCAGCCACGGCAGCAGCCCAGAGACGGACUACCAGUACUGUGACCCCUCCAUGUCUCCACCGCUGCACCCCUCCAAGAGGCACGCCCCCAACCCCCCACCUAUCAGCAAUCAGGCCACGAAAGGCAAGCGGCCUAAAAAAGGAAUGGCCACAGCCAAGCAGAGACUGGGGAAGAUCCUGAAACUCAACAGACACAGUCGGGUCUUUGUGUAACACUUCAAAUCUUCGAGAGCCAAAAUGAUCCGUGUGGAUGAGCUCUUAAAGAGAAGAGAAGAAGAAACAUUUGUGUAUUUGUUACCAGACACUUUUGUGCUGUAGAAAUGGGGGGGGGGGAGGACACGCCGCCUGGAGACGAUGCUCACUGUGCAUGCUUAGGAGACAGGGUAUUGGAUUUGAAAUAAGCAAGUGCACGACUUCACUACAAGCACACUCAGAACAAAGCGGAGAAGGAGCCACGGGAGGCGCCGACGACGAGCGCGUUUUGAAAUGCUGCAGGGGAAGGCGGACGGAGCUCUUGCGGGCACCGAGACGGACGGACGGACGGAGGAGGAGAAAGGAGGAGGUCUGCCAAACAAACGACAGGAACGCUCGCUUCGCCCGGGGAGCAGCAACAUAUCCACUGCUUCUGAUGCCAAGAUCAUCUGCGUCACAUUUACAAGUAUUUCCUCUCUCCGCCGAACGCACCCCCUCCCUCCCUCCCUCCCAUGCAGCCUUCGCUCGCUUCACGGCUAUCUGCGACAAACUGAACGGGACGGAGGAGCAGAUGAAACGGAGCUGCAUCUCCAGCAGGGUCCCUUUGUUUUGUUUUUUUUUUCUUUUUUCUUCCCUCCGGCCCUGAGAGGGGGGGAAACGAGGUGCUAUGGAGGAGAACUGAAAUUUCAAAAUGGUGCUUAUUGUUACUUUUCUCCACUCAUGCUUGUCCCUUCCAGCCCUCACCUCCCUUCCCCGACUCCCCCUCCCUUUUAUCUCAAUCACACCAGCAAUAAUGACUUUGAGGAGAGGACAGUGAGAGGCAGCACUUUGGUGCACUCUUCUCCUGUUUAAAAAAAAAACGGUGCAUCACAGACCUGCACAGCUCAGUGCAAGGGGGGGGGGGCUGGUGAAAGGGGAGUCAAAGUGCUGCCUCUCUGAAUUUGUUUAAAAUAGAAAUUACGAGUUGUUUGCUCGGGUCAAAAAAAACCAAGCGGAGAUGACAAAAGACUCGCACGAUAUCCUACUUAAUUUAUUUCUCGUUUUAUCUGUGAUGUUGAUUUUUUUUAAUGUGUUAUUUUUAUGGAUUCUGAAUGAUGUAUUUAUUAAUUGAAAGAGAUAAUGAUUUUAUUAUAUUUGGACCCUAAAACCUCAGCUAUUCUGAGGGGUUUUUCCUUUAUAGGGUUUUUUUUUUCUUUUUAUCUUUAACACUUUUUAAAGGUGGAUGUUUUUAGAGUUCAUGUGAUCAUCAUCUGUUGAGUAGCAAUUUACCUACAAAUCUUUUCUUACCUUCUAUUCUGUCACAACUUUCCCCUCCGUCUCCCAGUUGAAUAGAUCCUUGUUGAUUCUUGUCUGUUCUGGGUUCCUCUUCUCCCUGUAGCCAGAGGUGUUGGGCUAUGUGCGAAUAGAAACUAGGUUAGGUUGAGAAAUGUCAACUUCCAUGUCUACACCUGAGCUUUUUCAACUAGUGCCACUUCUCAUUAGCAAAAAAAAAAACAAGUAUUCUGAGCCACUGUGGUCGAUCCAAAGUCGUCGAUGCAUUCAGAGGAAGUGAACAUUUGAGAACUUUGUUGGGAUGUGUGAGGUUUUUCCUUUUUUUUUCUUCUUUUUUUUUUUUUGAAAAAACAAAACAGUGCUGAUGUGUUUUGCUCGGGGUGCGCAGUUCUUCACUCUCAGGGAAUGAUGCCAUGGACAUAACUUUCGAUUAACCACCAGCCACGUCAUGGAUGCAGACAGGAUGCUCUCAGCGCUCAAGACUUUAAAGAUUCACCUCGUGCUUUGGAGUUGCUGAGGUUUGUUUGUUUUUCAUUGCUCUGAAAAAAUGAUUUCCUGGUCGUGGUUUUCAAGUUGUAAUGAUAAGCUGUGCUUUAACCAGUCAGUCAUUGUACCGUUGAGGAUAACUUCAGUUCACAUUGAUUUGGUAUUGUCCCCCACUGCUUCCUAACACAUGUUCAGCUCAGUCAGGUUGACUCUAAAAAGACAUUAAACACAUGUAAACAGCACCCAGGCUUAACUGCUGCCAAGUAGCUUUAACACAACUCUUUGAACAGCGUGAGACUUUGAAAAGCUUUGCUCAGGUUGACUUGUAGUGCACAUGCCCUGCGAGUGACUGAUCAACCAUUCAGCCCUGUUGAGGUGAUUCACAUAAUCCCAACACAGAGAACCAGUCUACAAAAUUAGUGUUAAUCGCAUUUCCAGACUGAUUUCCUCCCUCUUCUUACACUACACUUUAACCUUUUGAAGUCUUUGCAUGUCAAGUCAUUGAAAACACACGAGCUGGCCCGCAGGCAGGGUUUGUUAUAAGCUGUAGUAUUCAUCGUACAGGAUCUGUCCCUUUUCGCUUUUAUAUGCAGCUCCCUUGGCAUUUGUGUUAUGUGCGUUGGUUCUUGCAAUGGUUUUUUCCAGAUUUAAAUGGCUUAUGAUUUAAAAUAUACAAACACUGGCUAACUGUGACACUGUUGAUGCGUUGCAUUUUGUUUCUGCAUUUCAAAAAUUGCGUGUAAAUAAAAACUAAUGAAAUAA